UAAGAACACCAGCAUCUGUCCUUCCAUCUUGUGUAAAGCUAGCCACAGCAACACGACCCUCUUGCCAUCACCAUGCCUCUCAGCGGAGCCGACAAGGAAGUGAUCGCCGCCACCUGGAGCAAAGUCUCUGGCAAAGCUGCAGCGAUCGGUGCAGAUGCCUUCGCAAGGAUGCUCUACGUCUUCCCCCAGACCAAGACCUACUUCAGCCACUUUGCUGACCUCUCCCCUGGCUCUGCCAAUGUGAAGGGUCAUGGUGCCAAAAUCAUUGAUGCCAUUGCUAAGGCAGCUGCCAACAUCAACAACAUUGAAGGAAGCCUGAAGGUCCUCAGCGAGCUCCAUGCCUACAACCUGAGGGUGGACCCCGUCAACUUCAAGCUUCUGGCUCACUGCAUCCUGGUAUCACUGUCUAUUACCUUGGGAGCUGACUUCAGCCCUGAAGCUCACCUGGCAUGGGACAAGUUCCUGUGUGAAGUCGCCGAGGUCCUGUCUGAGAAGUACCGAUAAGCGACUCAGUGGGAGAAGCGAAAAAAGGCUUUCGGCUCUUCAGGAUGCAGUGCUCGAUUCAGCUGACUGGAAACUGUUUACAACUUUGUGUUUUGCCAACUGAUUGUCAGUACA